AUGACAACUAAUACAAAAUAUCCUAUAUUGACCGAUAAACAGCCAUCAUUAAGUUCUCCAGGUCAUUGUAAAUUAGAAAAAUUAUUUCUGGUCGCUAGACAUGGAACAAGAUAUCCUGAAGAGCCUGAUAUCAAUAAGUUUGAAGUAUUAGAAAAGAUCUUUCAAAAUGUUUCAUCGAAACCUAAGUGGAAAAAUCAAUUUUCAUUGUUACAAGAUUCGUUGUUGAGCACCCAUGGACAAAAAGAACAUUACUUAUUGGGUAAACGUGCUUUUAAAAAAUAUCAUAAAUUCUGGAAAACCAUUCUUCCUUAUGAUCCCUAUACUAUCAAAUUUAGAAGUUCGGAAACUCCAAGAACCGGAAUGUCGGGAAUUUCAUAUUCUAUCGGAUUAUUCGAUGAAAAAGGAAUCUUAGGUAAAGGAGAUUAUCAACCAGUUUAUUUAUAUACCAUUCCCGUGUUACAAGAUUAUGAAUUAGCAAUCCAUAGAUCGUGCCCACGUUGGCAAUUAACGGUACAGAAAAACAACAAAGAACUUGAAAAACAAAUUUCUCUUUUUACUUCAAAUUUAACAAAAAUUUCAAAUCGUAUCUCCAAAAAAUAUAAUAUUGAUAAUCAAUUACUUGAACCAAUUCAUGCCAAUUAUAUUUAUUUAGCAUGCGCAUACGAUAUUAUAUUUUUUAACAAACAUAAACAUUGGUGUGAAUUACUACAACAGGAAGAAAUUUUAAUUUUAGAAUAUUUUAAUGAUAUGAAAUAUUAUUAUGAGUUUGCUUACGGAAAUGAUCUAAAUAAACGAUUAGCUUGUAAAUUAGUUAGUGAAAUCGUAAAAAGUGUGGAUGAUUAUUUGAAUGGAGAUUCAAUUGUCAAAGCAGAUUUAAAGUUUACUCAUAGCGAAACCAUUAUGUUCUUAUACACAUUCUUGGGAUUAUAUGAAGAUUCCAAGCCUUUAACAGGAGAUGCAAAUUUUGAUGAAAUUUCUAAUCGGAAAUUCAAAACUUCAGAAAUUUGUCCAUUCUCCGCCAACAUUUAUUUUGAAAUUUAUACUUGUACUUCCGAUAAGUAUACCUUCUUUGCCAAGAAAAAACAUGAGGAAUCUACUGUAGUUCAAGUAGUUGUAAAUGAGAAACCGGUUGUCAUUCCUGGUUGUGACUCGAAAUUUUGUGAAUGGAGUAAAUUUAAAGAAUUAUUUAGCGAUAAUUUAGGUUGUGAUUUUGAAAACAUUUGUAAUAUCGACAUGAAUUAG